AUGAUGGAGAUGAUGGUGAUGAAGGGGGUGAUGGGGAUGAUGGUUGUAAUGGGGAAUAUGGAGAUGAUGGAGAUGAUGGAUUUGAUGGGGAUGAUGAUGAUGAUGGAGAUGAUGGAGAUGAUAGGGGUGAUGGGGAUGAUGGGGCUGAUGGAGAUGAUGGAGAUGAUGGGGGUGAUGGGGAUGAAGAGGUUGAUGGAGAUGAUGGAGAUGAUGGGGAUGAUGGAGAUGAUUGAGAUGAUAGGGAUGAUAUGGAUGAUGGGGUGUAUAGGGAUGAUGGGGGUGAUGGAGAUGAGGGAUGAUGGGGAUGAUGGGGAUGAUGGGGUGAUGGAGCUGAUGGAGAUGAUGGAGAUGAUGGGGAUGAUGGGGAUGAUGGAUGAUGGAGAUGAUGGAGAUGAUGGGGAUGAUUGGGGUGAUGGGGGUGAAGGGGGUGAUGGAGAUGAUGGAGAUUAUGGGGGUGAUGGGGAUGACGGGGAUGAUGGGGAUGAUGGGGAUGAUGGAGGAAAUGUGGAUGAUUGGGGUGAUGGGGAUGAUGGAGGUGAUGGAGAUGAUGGGGUGAUGGGGAUGAUGGGGGUGAUGUGGAUGAUGGAGAUGAUGGAGAUGAUGGAGAUGAUGGAGAUGAUGGAGAUGAUGGAGAUGAUGGAGAUGAUUGGGAUGAUGGGGAUGAUGGGGGUGAUGGGGAUGAUGGAGAUGAUGGAGAUGGUGACGGUGAUGGCAUAUUUGUUAUAUUUGGAUGGCACAUUUGGCAUAUAA